AUGGCGACCACCAGCCUGAGGUGCACGAGCAUCGGCUUCAAUGCUGUGGUCAGCGCAUGUGAGAAGCUGGUGGAGUGGUCGAACUGCUUCGCGCUGCUGGGGCGCAUGGCCACAUCGCUGGUUGACCUGCAAGAAGUGACCUGCAACGCGGCCAUGGGUGCCUGUCAGAAGGCUUUGGCCUGGCGGCGAUGCGUUGGUGCCCUGCGGCACAUGCGAGGCUUGGCGCUGGAAUUCACGGAGAUCAGCUGCAACGUGGCCAUGAAGAGCUGCGAGGGAGGCAGUUGGCGACCAGACGUUUGCAACGGCGCCCUUUGA